AUGUCCAAGAGCGGCAUCCUGAGAGGAAUCAUCACCGAGAAGCUGAGCACCGCGGCCCGGGAGAUCCUGGCGGUGGUGGAGCGAACCGUGGCCGACUACGAGCAGGAGGCCCGCAGGUCCGGCUGGACCGAGCAGGUCAGUGGCGGCCAGCAGAGGAGCGUGAAGCCGAAGCGGGUCCGGAACCGCAGAACCACAAGCUGCUGGUUGGAGAGGAGCAGCAGAACCCAGAUGGGAGGGACUCUGGGAGCCUGGACUUCCUGUGGUACGGUGAUGAUGACCAUGAUGAAGACGUUCAGCCCCGUGGUUCAGGCGACGCCGCGGUCCAGACCGAAACGGGAGGAUCUGACGGACCCAGACUACGAGAUAUCGCCAAGGUCAUUUCCAUCCCGGGUCCGACCUGAGAAGAGGAGAGCCAGUAAACCUCUGAGCUCCAUGACCCACCUGGACUUCCGGGUCCGGGUUCUGGACAACCCGGAGACCGAGGUGCUCUCCAACAUCGUGUUUCAGAAGAGUCCCAUUCAGAACCUGAGCUGUCCUCGGGAUCUGCCGGAGUCGGACUUCCUGGACCUGCUGCGGUCCUCCGUCCCUCAGCUGGCUGCAGGAGAACCGUUCGACCUGUUCAUAACCGACACCAGCAGGAAGCUGCACCCGCUGAGGGUCAGCGCGCUGACCCCUGAGGAGAUCCACAGAACCAUCAGAACCAGCGGGAACUCCGCCCUCUACGUCCGCCUGAAGACAGCAGUCAGUCCUCAGAGCAGCAGCAUCGACGUUCUUCAUCAGCUGGAUGAGGAGUUGAGCGUCAGCUCCGCAACGCCGUCCAGCGAUCAAACCGAGGAGAACCUGAGGUUGUCGUCUCCCGUCGAUCAGCCUCAGAGGAGGCGGCGAGGCCGACCGCGCGCCGGGGAGGCACCGGCUCACCACCUCCUCAGAGUCUGCGUGUUGGAGGGACACCAGUCAGACGCUCCCACAGAAAGUGAGCUGCAGACGUCGGCGGUGCAGGACCUGAAAUGUCCUCGAAGGAUGCAGGAGGCUGAGUUCUUGGACCUGCUGCGGCUCUCCUUCCCUCAGCUGGCCGGACACGACAAAAAGAUCCACAUGUACAAGUCCGACCGCCGCAGGAAGCUGCAGAAGCUCAACAUGAACAACCUGACGCCGGAGGAGAUCUACAGGAGCAUGAGGUCCACCGGGACCAAGAAGUCCGUCCUCUACGUCAAACUGAAGACAGAAGGCGAGAUCCGUGAAAACGAGGAGCAGAACCUUCAGCUGAUAAAGGACGAACCUCAGCCCACUGACUGUGUGGUUCUGGAGGAUGAAACCGCUCCGCUUCAAAGCCCGGAGGAUCUGGACCGCAGCAGAGGGUCGGGGCAGGCGGCUGCGAGCGACGCGGGUUCUGGAGGGGAAAUUGAGGCGAUGCAAGACGGUGAUGAUGAGUGGGAACCAAACGCCGAAGAUCUGGAGGAAGGCGACGAUCCACAGCCGAAAAGAAGGAGCUAUAAAGGCCCCAGGAGAUUCAUGGAGGACGGCAAGGAGAGCAAGGUGCUGUGCCAGGUGUGCGGCGUGUGGUACCGGACAAUAUCGGGUUUGACCAGACACGCCUGGGCGCACAUCGGAGACCCGAAGAGCAUCUGCGGGAGAGACCUUGAAGGGUUCUUCACCGCCUCGGGCCUCAAGAACCACGUCUCCCUGCACACGGGGGAGCGGCAGUUCAAAUGCAGCCACUGCAGCAAAACCUUCGCUGUCCAGUCCGCCCUGAACGUCCACCUCUGGAUCCACGUGGAAGACCGGCCACACAAGUGCGACUUGUGUCCAAAGACGUUUGGACUGAGAGGCCAGCUCACGGCUCACAAGAAGAGUCACGUGAGUCGGGACCGGUACCUCUGCAACGUCUGCGGCCGGUCCGUCAGCGACCUCAGGUCUCUGACUCGCCACAAGUUGACGCACUCAAACGAGCGGCACUACGGCUGCAAGGUCUGCGGGAAGCGCUUCAAGCUGGAGCACACCCUGAAGGAGCACAUGAAGGUCCACACCACCAGGGACCGCAUGUUCCUGUGCCACAUCUGCUGCAAGACCUUCCUGUCCAACAACGCCCUGACGGGGCACAUGAAGACCCACAGCGGCGAGCGGCCGUUCGUCUGCAUCGUCUGCAACAAGAGCUUCUUCAACAAGUACGACCUGCAGAAACACAUGCGUGUUCACACCGGGGAGACGCCGUACGGCUGCUCCCACUGCGGCCGCCACUUCAAGCUCAAGAGCACCCUGAACGUCCACAUCCAGAGCCACCUGGGCAUCAAGCGCUUCAGCUGCGGCGUGUGCGGCAAAGCGUGUUCUCGACAGGAGCACCUGAACGUCCACAUGAGGACCCACAACGGAGAGAGACCCUACAGAUGUUCCCUCUGCGACAAAGCCUUCACCCAGAGCCACUGCCUGAAAACCCACAUGAAGAACUACCAUCCCGACCACGACCUCUACCAAGAACCGUCCACUUCCUUCAUCCAGCCGCUGGCCACCGAAGGAAUGACUGACGGAACAACCCAAUUAACCACAGCUGGAGCGACUGGAGGAUCGGCCGAAUUAACGACAGACGGAACGACAGACAGACUCUGA